AUGCAAGCGGCUGAAAGUGUCCGAGUGCAAAGCCAGAUCGACCGGCGCACAUGUCGCCGCGUCAAGCCCAUGAAGGUCCUGGUGCUGGGCCUGUGCAGGACGGGAACAUUAUCCACUUGGCUGGCGCUGCAGGAACUCGGAUAUGACACAUACCAUAUGACAUCGAUUAUGCAAAACCCCCAGGAUGCGGUGAUGUGGAAGGAAGCCUUUCAAGGCAAAUACUACGGUGGAAAGAAGUUUACACGGGAGGAUUGGGACCAGCUCCUCGGCCACGUGGAGGCCAUCACGGACUUCCCUGGCGCCGUAUUUGUCGAGGAGCUGACGGAGGCGUAUCCGGGACGCCAAGGUCGUGCUGACGCUGCGCGACGUGGACGACUGGGAUGGGCUCGAUGCGGAAGACCAUCAUGA